UCAAACAGGUCACUGAUACUUCUAGCUUCGUUGCGCUUGUUCUGUCAGCUCUCUUACUAUGCUCGCUGGAUGUCAGCUCUCGAAUGCUCUCCCACCACAACAAUGAAUGCUAGAAUGGUCAAUUCAAUAUUGUGGCUUUCUUUCCUUCGGUAUCUCGACCUGAUGCCUUACUAAAACAGCUGGUUACCCCUCAUCUCACGGAAGUCCAGACUUGAAUGCUCUGGAUUAGGGAAAGGGCUCUUCUUCAGGUGAAGCAAAUGCGACUGUUCUGUCUCUCUCUAACAAGAGAAACUGAGCUACUUAAAGCCUCGAGCCUUGCGGGCUGUUUGAAAGUACCACUCGAUUGCACACCGAGACUUUCUACACCAGCUCUUCCAUCACUAUCAGUCUUCAAUCAAAUCAAAAUGCAGUUCUACCUUUCUGCUCUGUUUCUCUGCCUCCUACCCAGCGUAAUCGCAGUCCCCUUUGCGGACCCAGAUGCGACCUCUUCCCUCCCCCAGCUUUUUGAUCGCGAAGCCACUUCGACUGAGCUCGCAACGCGCGAUCCGGCCAAGUCACCCGACAAGAACGGCAAUCAGGGAAAGAAGGAAGAUUGCCAAAAGCCUAUCGCACAGAAUCUUUGCACAUCAGGCUCGCCAUACUGCUGUUCUGGCACGGGUGAUCAGCAAGUCUGUGGACCUGCUGGCUCUGUGAGCUGCCAGGCUAUGACAAUUUGCUGUAUCAACACUAAUGGAAUGCAAAUUUGUGCCGGAGAGAUCGAUUUCACAGGACCAGUGACGAUCAAUAUCAAUUAUGGAAAAGUGACGUAAUGGUGGCAACGGCGAGACAGAGACUUCAGGUUCUCGAUCUGACGUGUAUGUAGCUUACAGUACUGCGAUGGGUCGUACAGGAAUUUUACUUUAUAUCCGAAAAGCAUAGUGCCCCUAGUGACAGCUUCUAAUGUGCUUCUAGGCACGUUCAUCUGUGCCGUUUGGAGAAGUCGCCAUACUCAAGUGGGCUGAUAUUGUGCGGAGAGGAUCAGCAUCGAGUUGGU